AUGUCAGACUUCCCUGCUCUUCCUGGAUUCUACAAACUGCUCUUCUUGCAUAUAGAGCCAGCCUCGACCAUCUUGCCUGCCAUACUGGCAUGGUUCUUCCCCGGAGCGACGUGGUUCCACCACCAGCUUGUUCCGGACGUUAACCUUCCGCUGGCGGCGCUCACGGAUACACGGACGAUUAUGGCCAUCCGGCAGCUGGGCAACUGUUACCUGUUACUGGGUCUGAUCUCAACGUUCGUGUUCCGAGCUGUGCGAGAUGCGCUGCCGGACAACCCAGUCGCGCAGGAGCGCAUCCUAGGCGCGAGCUUCACCGCUCUAGCACUCGCAGACGUAACGCACAUCAUUUGGUCGUUUGUAGGGCUUCCGAAAGAGCUGCAGUAUGACUUUGGCAGCUGGAAUUCCAUGACGCACGGGAAUAUCACGUUCGUGAUCGUUCUCCUCAGCUGCAGGCUGGCAUGGUUUUUGGGUAUCGGACGAACGAGAUACUACUACGGCCAGCAGCUGAAAGCCAAGGCGCAGUGA